AUGACGCCACCCUGCGUGCCAAGCGUCACUAGCCCCAACCGUGACGCCGCUAGGAGGUUGGCAGCGCACGCGGCCGGAGGCGGGGCUUGUCGUCGGGAGGCGGGGCUUGUCGCCAGGGGGCGGGGCCUGUCGCCCGGGGACCCACCCGCCGGCUGCGCACGCUUUCCGGCCGGCGUUUCCGUUGAGCGGCUGUUGGCAAACGCCCUGACCCGUUACCUCCCUCGGACGUCAGUGGCGAGAAAGGGGUCUUUGAGGCUCCGGGCACCGAGGGCCCUUGAGAUAGUGUGGCCGCGGCUAGGCGAGACCAGGUGCAGGGGCGAGCCCCCUGUCGUCCUUUGCGACGCCGCCGCGGGCUUCAGCAACAGUGACUCUGGUUCGAGUUGGUUGCACCGGCCCCGGCGGGCCUCGGGGCCCGGGCCCGACCGGCCGUUGCCCGCCCCAGCCCCCUACAGCUGGAGGGCCUUUGAAGAAUAUGCAGAAUGUGAAAAUGCCAAGCUUCUGAAGGCAUUUGGUUCCUUGCCCAAGGAUAGAGGCAGAUAUCAAGGGAGCCUGAGAGUGUUUGUGACCCCUCCAGCCAGCACUAGUGGUAGUAAGGUUAUAUACCAAACAGAGAUGUAUGGAAAGCUAAAAGAGGACAUGCUAAGGAAGAGGACUCAAAAAAUGAUAAAGUGAUGUUUUUGUACUCACUACAAGUCAACAUAGUAUGAAUUACACCAACAAGUGUGGUCAGAUAUUUAAAGUUCCUGUACUACCAGAUGACCCAGUAAUGGUGGAAAUGCUGCAAAACAACGUGCAGGAUAAGCUCUACUUCUCUCCAGGGGAUACUUGGAUACUUUCAGUUUCAAAAUCGAAGAUGACUUAGAUGCUACUUGCCCUACAGAGGAAAUUGAGGAUGAAAAGUUUUAUCAGUUCCAAUUAUGAUUCAGCGACUGAGAACAAAACUAGUGAACGGUACAGGACUGAUGUGAACAACCUGAACCACUUUUACCAGAAGGGAAAUCUGGGAAAUAAAUUAUUGAUGUGCAGUAUUUUUUUCCCAAAAUACUGUGGUUUUUCAAAACAUUAAAAAUGUAUGGAUAUUUAUAUCCUUAAAAAAC